AUGGAUCCGUCCGGAGGUGAAUAUCCAGUUCACCUUGCUGCUUCAACCGGACCUACCACAUCAGACGAACCGGUUGCAUCACAGGAAUUACCGGUCCCAGAUAUCCUCCUUCCUCAUACUGAGCCAGGACAACCGCCUAUCCCUAAUCCCAGCUUCCCACCUCCUCCACCUGCAAAUAUGCCCCUUAACAUCGACGCCAAGCUGCUUGAAACAGUGAAUGAGCGCAGGCUACAGGCUAAGGCAAAAGGGGCCCUUGCUAGAGCACGUCUGAGGCUCCAGCAACCGCAGAAUUUUGCUCAGAGUACUCCUCGUGAAGAGCCUACUAACCCAGACGACGUGGACUGGGCUGCUGAAGAGAACGCGUUGGCAGACGAAGACUCGGGAAAACAUGGUUUGAAGCCCUCAAAAAACCAACAAUGGAGGAACGGGUUUUGUACGAGGCCGCGAAACGUGAUGAAGACAGACGCCAGAAGAGACUUCUCAGCAGGGAACAAUUUGAGCAAGAGCUCUCAAAAUCAGCCAAUCGACGAGCCUGACGAUGAUGAUAAUGACCUUUUUGUUCCUCAAGAAGAUACAGCAGCAACUGCUCUCAAACGGCCUCAUGGGCAGAGUGAUCCAAUUGAUGAAGACACUGCCACGUCCGCAACUGGCCCUGUCGAUUCCAACCCGUCUGCACCCAAGCGACGCCGGCGGCAGGCUAGAGUAACCGCCAAGGAGGAUCGAAAAAGCAUAGAAAUCGGGUUGAACAUCAUGCUUUCCAGACGCAGGUCAGGCGGCUCUAAGCGACGACCAGGACCGAAUGCCCAGAAGCUCGUGGCCCAGUUUCGGGCGUUCAUGGAGGAACUGCGAAGCAGCGAAAAUGAAGACCUGCAGCUGUUGGGGAUGUGUUGCCCCGUGUGCAAAUCAAUCCCGAUGGAGACGCAUGUCAGCUCAUGCAUGCACCUUUUCUGCGAAGACUGUCUUCUGAGCCUGGCGGGGUCGACCGAAGAUACCGAGGGGCGAACCGUCUGUCCUGUGUGUGACGUCCCAAUUGAAGAAGUCGCACCGUGUGGUCCUGUUGAGAGAAUUUUUCUGGAUCCGAUGCCCGAGGCAGAAUCGCCGAAUCAGAAAGGCGCGGCGGAGGGGAAGAACAAGAAGAAAGAGCAGCAGAAGAAGCACGCAAGAAGCCAGAAGAAGAAAGCCGCUCGCAACAUUUUCAACUCUAAUAACCACGAUGAAGAAGAUGACGGAGACGAGAGCAACGAGGCGGACGAGACGAAGGAUUGGAUGGCCAUCGCAGGCCACCUGAUGCCGAGCGCGAAAGUGACCAAAGUGCGCGAGAUCAUCCGCGAAUGGCUGCACGAGGCGCCUGAUACGAAGGUGGUGAUUUUCACCCAGUUUCGUGUCAUGGCCACCAUCUUUGGCUCGAUGUGCAUACAAGAAGACUGGGGUUACACCUGCCUCCUUGGAAGCAUGUCCUUUACGAGCCGGGAUGAGAGCAUCCGCGACUUCCAGGAGAACGAAAAUAUCCGGGUGAUGAUCGCGUCUCUGAAAGCCGGCGGAAUUGGUCUCGACCUCACGAUGGCGAACAAAUGCAUUCUUUUGGAGCCGUGGUGGAACGAAGCGAUUCAGCAGCAGGCAUUCUGCCGUCUUUCCCGCAUCGGCCAGGAGCGGAACGUGGAAAUUAUCAAGCUCGUCGUCAAGGACACGAUCGACGACUACAUGCUAGAACUGCAGCAGAAGAAGACCCAAGAGAUCGAAGGCGCCAUUGGAGUGGAGGCUCUUUCGAACAGGGAUACCAUCCCACAUCUCCUCGAGUUGUUCGGCGAGACGGACGGGAUUCUAGCAGAUUCAUUUGGGAAUGAUCCCAUUUACAUACGUACUAGAUAUCUACAUUUCGGGAGUUUUCUAAACGCAUAUAAAAUUCGCUUGCCGGGCUGGGAGGAUAUAGAUGCCACUACAUUAUGA